AUGCCGCCCUACAAAGAGAUGAGGAAAAGCAACCGAUUCUACUACUUCAUCAAAUUCACCCUAAACGUGUAUUCCAUGCUGUUUUCGCUGGUGGGCCUGUGUGUGCUGUGUGUGGGGGUCUACGCUGAGGUGGAGAGGCAGAAGAACCGGACCCUGGAGGGGCUGUUCCUGGCCCCCGCUGUGGUGCUGAUCCUCCUGGGGCUGGUCAUGUUCACCGUGUCCCUGGUGGGCAUGGUGGGAUCGCUACGGGACAACAAGACUCUGCUGCACAUGUUUCUCUGUGUUCUGUGCGUGUUGCUGCUCCUUCAGGCUGUCGCUCUCACCACCGCGCUCAUCUUUGAGAAAAAGACGUCUGCCUUGUUCCAGAGCAGUAUUCGAGAGGGCAUUAAACACUACUACGACGACUUGGACUUCAAAAAUAUCCUGGAUUACGUGCAACAGAAGUUUUCCUGUUGUGGAGGCGAUGAGUACAAAGACUGGGGAGUGAACCAAUACCACUUCUGCAACGGCACCGGUCCGUUGGCCUGCGGGGUUCCUUACACCUGCUGCGUGCGUCGGAAAGUGGGAGAGGUCAUCAACACAUUCUGCGGAUACAGGACUCUGGACCAACAGAGAGAGACGCUGCAUGAGCUGAUCCACGUGCGCGGCUGCAUUCACGCCGUCAACCUGUGGAUGGGCGACAACAUCGGCAUCACCAUCGCCCUGUGCUGCGCCGUCGGCUUGCCUCAGCUCCUGGGGAUCAUCUUGAGCUGCGUCUUCUGGAACCUGCUGGUGGACAUGAGCCAGUCUCCUGACAUGGUGGACUUCAAGAAGAAGAAGUCCGAGUUCAACUACAGCGAGCUGGACCUGGCGGGUGCGGGCUGGUGCAUGUGUCUGCCCCGGGACGAAGGGUACCUGCCUGUGCCUGCCGCAGAGCCCGACCUGGACCCUAUAGACAUCCACCUGCAGAAGCUGAAGAAGGUGAAGCCGCUGUCUCACGCCCAGCUGCGCGAGAUGCAGCGGUCGGCGUCAGGGCUGGACGAAGUGGACAAGGGCCGCAAGCAGAAACGAGAACACUGA